UAAACCUAACUGCCAUAAUAGUGUUGAUUAUAUGCUCAUUUUUUUUCAUGUCUAUAAAUUAGGUCUAUGUGAACUAACUGGGCAAGUGUUAUUAGCUAACUGAAAUAUCUUAGACAAUGCUUUUAUCAACUAUUUUCUUUCAUGUAUCUUUUCAAGCCAACUAUCACAUAACAUAUUCAUAUGGCUGGUAACUGCACAGCUGGACUGAACUAACUUGCAAAUCAUGACUUUUUUUUCAUGUGUGCAUGCUGAUAAUAGUUUAAUAAUUUUUUGAUACAACACCGACUGCGGUUUUUUCAUGAAUGAACUGCUAGAGACAUAUGAUGGUGAGAGUUAUGCUGCAUUUUCUCAAAAAGAUAUAUAUAUGGUCAGGGUUCAAACCUUGUACAGGUGGAUUACUUGUGGGGUUUUCGACAUUAAUAUUCGUGAGGUGCUGGGUUAUUCUGGAGGUAUUGCUUUUUCUUUUUUGUUUGCUUUUUUGUUGGUUUGCAUUUUAGUUUUAUUUUUUUGGUCGUCCUAUUUUAUUCUCAGCACAAGGCCCCUUUCUAUAUUUUUGUCCACGCGCUCAAGUAUCUUCCCCGUGUGCCCUUCUUUUUGUGGUUUUUGUGUGGCAGAUCUAUGGCUAGACGAGCCUAAAUUUAGUUUAUUCGAGGGCCAAUGUGAGACACUAGAAAUUCAGGUAAUAUUGGAUGAUGAAAUAUUGAAGUCAGUCCAAGCUGUUAAAGUAAAGAAAGGCGGCGUGGAGUCAAAAUCAAAGGGGGUGGCUUGUGCUGUCUUGAAGGUUGUGGAUCGUGGUGUGGAGAGUGAUGAUGAUUCUUUUAUGCCUCCGGCGCCUAAAAAGUGUUUGCGGCCCAUAGCUUCUAGUCCUAUCAAAGUGGCAGUGAAAUCGCCUCUUGUUCUGAGUGAUGAUGAUGAUGAUUUUGUUUUGCAUGGUGAGAGAACAGUGUUCACCAGGAGCAAAUCAGUGGAGGAGCCAUUGGUAGUGUCUAAUAAAAGGCUAGUUUCUCUGUCAACUAGGCUAAGAAUGCAUGUGCAUGCACUCAAGCCGUUCAAGUUUCCAUUCGUGGCUGUUGCAAAACAAACUUUGGACCUAAUACUUAGCAAGGAGUUUCUUGACAAAUAUGCAGAGGUCCCUCUGUUUAAGUGCACUCCUCCAACUGGCGACGAUUUUAUAGUUGAUGCUAAAUGUCUGGUUACCUGUUUUGGUCCCGCUGGCUGCAUCGAUACUGAGUUGAUGGAUCUUCUGAUCAGCUAUUGGAAGGGAAGCCCUGAGUGCAACCAUGUGUAUAAAUCUGGAGAUAGGGUGUUGCUCAGCCCGUAUGUGAUAAAUUAUCUUCUGGAGAUUGAUCCGUACCAUCGACCAGUUGAUGAAGAUGGGCAGGAGGUCUCGGGGCCGCCCUUCAAUGUUAAACUUGCUGCUCAGAAGUUCAAGUUAUACAUUAAAGAGAACCUGCUCACUGCAAACCUGAUCAAGCUCCCAUAUUGGAAUCUGAAUCAUUUCACAUUGUAUACUAUAAACAAGUAUCGUGAGUCCCUGGAUAUCCAUGACUCAUGGAGAUACACUGGGCGUAACCUUUCAAGGAACAGAUUCCAUGGAGAACGUGUUGAAAUCAUAUGUGGUCUUUUUUCCACUUUUUUUCCUUUUUUACGUUCCACGUGCGUGCUGUUCUUUAAAGUAUUUGCAAGUCUCAAAUUUUUCUGUUUCGCACAGAUGUCCAUGAUGUCGUUGUUGAUGAAGGAGGUGUAUGGCUAAGCUGGAUACAACUCUUCAAGGCAGCCCCGUUGGGAACAUCUGGCAGAUAGAUGUAGCUAUGCAAAAAUGCCAGAGCAAGGGGUUAACGAAUGUGGCUUUUACAUGUUAAAAGCUGCUUAUCUGUAUGAUGGCACCAAGCUAGUAGAGGAAGUGAAGAAGCGCGAUCCACAUUCUGCCUACUGGAAGGCCGAGUGCCUUUUUUAUGUUCUUUUUCACCCUAGUAAUGAGGUUCGGCGCGACCACUGGCCGCGGGAGAUGGCUGACAUUGCUAAGUUGUUACAAGCGUAGUCGCAGUAUAGCGGUGCAAGUAGAUGAAUAUGUGGAUGUGUUUUUAUGAAAGUUUUGUUAGUUUUUUGUAUUUUGUAGCAAGCAUGUUAACUGCAUCAUUAUGCACAUGCAAGUAUUUGCUCCGAUGUGUAGUUUACAUUUGUGCAUCAAGUUAGCUGCUAUUGAGGAUGCUGUUAACUGCACUACUGAGGUUAAUUGUACUAUUUUCAAGAAGGUAACUUCA